CGCUGGACCUCGGCUUAGCUCCAGCCUAUACCAACUGGUGGGGAACGUUGCGAACGAGGUUCGGCAUGGCCCGCCCGCCGCCGCCGAACCCCAAGGCCGCCCAGCGCGCGCUGCUCGACGAGCUCAUGGGCGCCGAGCGCGACGUGGAUCUGUCUGUGCGCGGACGCAAGAAGUUCUGGGAAGCGGACGUGUGCAAGUUUUACCUCGCGGGCCUGAGCCCGUACAAGGUGCUGCGCGGCGCGCGCGGCUACGCGGCGCAGGGCUACGACGUCUGGCUCCGCCACGCGUACGCGCACGGCCUCGGCGAGCGACCCGAACACAUCGACCUGGACGCGUACAAGCUCGACGGAGCGCUCAAGGCGCAGUACGACGCCCUGCCGGCCGCGGAGAAGGCCAAGUACGGCUACGACCGCAUGCUGCGCGACUGCCUCGCGUCGCUCGUCAAGCAGUGCGACCGCCGCGCGGCGCAGACGGCGACGCGGCUCCGCGGCGACGGCGCCGCCGGCGCCGACGCGACCGCGUGCGCGGCCGCCCUCGCCAAGCUCGAGGACCUCGACGCCAAGAUAAAAAAUAAAUCUGACGAGGCCGAACGGCUCGGCGAGGGCGGCGACGUCGAAGAGUCGAUGCGCGCGCUCGGCGAGGCCGACGCGCUGCGAGCGCGAAGGGCCGAAGUGGAGAAGUCCGUCGCGACGCCGCCCUCGGGCCGCGACGUCGUCGUCUGCGCCGCGACGGGCGCCGUCAUCGAGGCGGCCGCAGCGAACGACGCCGCGUGGAUGGCGUCGCACUUCGAGAGCGCCGACUACCAGGGCUGGAAGCAGCUUCGGGAGAAACUCCGCGCGCUCGACGCGCAGCGCGACGGCGCCGGCCCGCCGCGCCACGCGCCCGGCUACGCGCCGGGCCGCGGCGGCGCCUCGGCCGAGCGCGACCGCCUCCGAUUUGCGGCGCGCGCGGUCCAGCCGCCGCCGCGCCGGCGGCGGUCGCGGUCGCGGUCGCCCGCGCGGCGGCGGCCGCCGCCGCGCCGCGCGUCCGGCUACGACCGCUGCCGCUCGCGCGAUCGCCGCGGCGCGUACCGCCCGUCGCGGUCGCGGUCGCGCGAGCGUGAUCGCCUCCGCGGCCGUGGUUACGACCGGCCGGCGCGCGACCGAGACCGCGAUCGCGCCGCGCGACCGGCCUACCGGUACGCGGCGCCGCGCGAGCUCGAACCCGGCGAAGAGCCGUGCAACGAGUAUACUAGACCCGUAGCCUAG